AUGACGACCAGCACCGAUCUGGAAAUCAUCCGAACGUGUCUCCUGUUCUUCGCAAUUGUCGGCACCUUCGGAAAUUUGAAUAUUCUGUGCGCCACCUAUCAGAAUCGCUCGUUACGGCACAAAUGCGGGAUUUUGUUGGCGAUUCUCGCCACUUGCGACACGUUCUGCCUAUUGAAUGAGCUUCAAUCGUUUAUUAGGAUGACGCUGAAGCUAACCGAGUCCACCUUAAGAGCAUGCUUUUGGGCCAAUAUUUCAUACGUAUUUAUUGAGCCCAUCGAGGUUUAUAUGAUAUUGGUGAUGGCUGUUGAUCGCCUAAUUGCCAUCAAUUUUGUGGUGUUUCAUCGAAAAAUUCGCCAUCGGAGGUAUAUUGCGAUAAUGGUGACGCCUGGCAUCGCCAUCGGAUUCAUUUUUGUGAAUGAAAAAAUAAAGGCGGCAAUUCAAAUUUUUGAAUUAAACUAG